ACCUUUUACAGAAGCAAAGAGGACAAAAACUUCCCCCGGUGGAGGUUAGAUAACGCCUGCCAGGAAAGAGGCCAGACGGAACUCCCUCCGGGGAGGGGAGGAUGGGGGGUGCACCACCAGCCCCCUUGUCCUCACCCCUCCUGGAGAGAAUGCGUAUAAAAACCAGGCACUUUGCGCUCAGACGGACACACACUGUAGAAGCCAAGUAGCAGGCGAAAAACCUUGCCUGUGGACAGUCUUUGGUGGCGCCCCACGAGAGAGCCGAGCGCGGCACUCUAAGAUUUUCAGCGACAUUUAAAGCAAGACCUCACACCUACUAGCCGAAAAUGAAGGCGCUUAGCAUUGCAGUUGCAGUGACACUCGUGCUCGCCUUUAUUUGCAUCCUGGAGAGCUCUGCGGUCCCCUUCAAUGAGGUGAAGGAGGCGAAGGGGGGUGACACUCCGGUUGCAGGACGACUGGACGUGGACGUGGACGUCGGGGAGCCUUGGACGCCGUACCACGCGCGGCACAAGCGGCAGAGCAACCUGUCGCUGUGCCGCUGGUGCUGCGGCUGCUGCCGGGCCUACAAGGGCUGCGGCUACUGCUGCAGAUUCUGAAAGGGAGACAACAUUGAAAGAAGAAGGCCGUGGCACCAUCGUGACGUCAACCGAGACAACGAUAAUUUAUUCCACUUUAUGAAUGAGCUGUUUUCAUUUUUUUCCCUUUUCCAUUUAUAUUUUGGUUGCACGUGACCUAUAAGGUUUCGCAGAAAGUGGCACAGUGAUAUUUAUUUCAAUUUUUUAAUAGUCACAAUGCUUUUGUAAACUUUUUUAAAAAUGUGGUUACAAUUGGUAUUUUGAAUUAAGGGUCCCAUGUUCGUAUUUGGUGAUGAAUAA